AUGUCAUCAAACGGCAAAAACUCGCACCGCCGCUACGCGGAAAGCGGCGUGCAGCAGCCGUCCACGUCUGCCAAGCCCACCAAGACGCCAUCCAACACGGUUCUGGCGUUCGCACAGUGGGAGGAGGAGAACCACGUCGACGACGCCGCGCUUGUCGCCGCGAUGGAUGACGAGAACGCCGACCCGCUGCUGCACCCGGCCCACACCCGCGCGCUCUCCCACAUCGAGCAGCGCGAGGAGAACCGCUUACGUGGUGAUCCGUGGCGCUUCGCGGUGACGCCGAUCUUCUGCCUGCUCUCCAUCUCCAACGCCAUGCAGUGGAUCGCCUUUGCACCCAUUGUAGAUGAGGUGCGGACGUACUUCAACAUGAACGCGACGCAAGUUAACUUCCUCGCCACCACCUACGUCAUGGCCUAUGUUGUCAUUGUCUUCCUCAGCUGCAAGCUGUAUGAGGUGACCGGCAUUAAAAUGGGCGUCCUCAUCGCUGCUGCGGCGAAUGUGCUCGGUGCACUACUGAAGAUCAUCGCCCUCUACGUGUGGCCCAAUGCGGUCCUGCUGUAUCUCGCGCAGGUCUCCAACAGCUUUACGGAGGUGCUCACGAUCGCGACGCCGCCGCUCAUCUCAAACCGCUGGUUUCCGGAGAAUGAGCGCCUGGUGGCGAACACCGUCAUGUCCUCGGCGCUCAACUUUGGCUGCGGCAUCGGAGUCCUCAUCCCGACCUUCUUUGUGGGUCCGACGAAGCAGUCGAAGAACCACUUUGGCAACUUCUUCUGGUUCCACUUCACCUACGCGGCGCUGGUGCUCGUGCUCGUCAUCUUCUUGUUCCCCAAGAAGCCGCGCUACGCCGCCAGCCACGUGGCGGCGCGGCAGCAGAACUGCGAGGAGCGCCGCCUGCGUGCGCUGAAUCACGUGUUGCACGACCCGCAUAGCGACGAGGAUGAAGAGCUCGAUCAUCAGACGCGUCCGCACCCCAAGGAGAAGCGCACCAGCAGCGAAAACGAGCCCCUUGCGGUCGGCGUCGCAGAUUUCUGCGAGGAGGACAGCUGCGAUCCGGCUGGCGUCAAGAAGUCCUCCGGGGCGGCGGCGACGACGGGAAAUCAGUGUUCCAGCAGCCGCGGCGCCGCCGUGGCGCACGUCACGGAUGAGAUGCAGGACGCAGAGUCGGAGAACGAGGAGGAGGUGCCGGAGGUGCAGCCGGUGAACGUGUUCUCCGUGCUGAUGGACUGCUUCCGUGAGUGCCGCAGCAACUGGUCCUUCAUUCUCCUUGCUAUCAGCUCUGCCGCGGAGCUGGGUCUCAUCUGGGGUGUGGCGACGGUGCUGCCGCAGAUGCUGGCCCCGUAUGGCAUCAGCGAGGCCAUCUCCGGCUGGAUCGGCUUCCUCAACCUCGUUCUGGGCACCGUUGUCUGCCCCUUCUUUAUGCCACUCGUGGACCGCUACGGCCGCCGCUACAAGCUGCUCUUGUGCGCCCUGUCGGUGGUGGUAGUGGUGGUGAUGGUGCUGCUCACGCUGCUGUUGCACUUUGGCCCCGCCGUGCACGAGGAUGGCAAGUACUACGUCGUAGUCGUCUUUGUGCUCUGGGGCGGCAUCGCAGGGAUGUGUCAGAACUUCAUGAUGCCGCUCAUGUUCGAGUACGUUGUGGAGCUAACCUUCCCAAUGGCAGAGAGCACGUCGGCACCGGUGCUGACGUGGAGCGCGUGCCUGACGAACUUCCUGCUCACUCUCAUCUUUGGUGAGGUGCUGACCGACACGCCAACGGAGAACAAGGCGUUGCGCACCUUCAUCGGCGCCUCCGUUGUCUCCGUAAUAGGGUGCGUGACUCUCCUUCUGACGAAGCCGCUCACAAAGCGCACAGACUACGAGAAGCACCAGGUAGAAGCCCUCGAGCAGCGCAAGAGACGCCUGCAGUCGGCGGCGGCAGCAGUGGCAGGCAUAGACGAGGCUGGCCUCACGUGCAAUCCCGGCGGCGCUGCGGUGGACAUGUCCGCGUCGCAGUCUCAGCUACAGACCCGCAACUCCGCCCACAGCCACCAGGACCGUGAUGCCACGAAGCGCAAGAUGGACUGA